CAGUCGUUCUCGAUCACCUUUCUGGCGUCGGGCGUUCACAUCACACCUCUCUGUCUCUUUGGCUUCAUUUCCUGCUGACGACUGAGCGGGCGAGCGCCGGCGCCCUUUGCCAGGUCUUCGUCGGCCCGUUCGCCGGCGACUAGCGUCUCCCUUUGCCAGGUCUCGACGCCCCCUUCGCCGUCGACUGGCACCCAGCAGGUACAUUUGGAAGAAUGGGGGUUUACCUUAGCACUCCGAAAACCGAGAAGGUAUCGGAAGAUGGGGAAAAUGAUAAACUUAAAUUCGGACUUUCUUCUAUGCAAGGGUGGCGUGCAACUAUGGAAGAUGCUCACUCGGCUUUGCUAGAUCUUGACAAUGACACUGCAUUCUUUGGUGUUUUUGAUGGACAUGGAGGAAAAGUAGUUGCCAAAUUCUGUGCAAAAUAUCUACACAGAGAAGUUCUCCAUAGUGAGGCCUAUGCAGCUGGUGACCUGGGUGCUGCUGUCCACAGAGCUUACUUCAGAAUGGAUGAAAUGAUGCGGGGUCAAAGAGGAUGGCGGGAACUCCAAGCACUUGGAGAUAAGAUAAAUCAGUUUACUGGCAUAAUAGAAGGGUUGAUUUGGUCCCCUAAAGCAAGUGAUUCAAAUGAUAGACAUGAUGAUUGGGCUUUCGAGGAGGGACCACACUCUGAUUUUACUGGGCCAAAUUGUGGGAGUACAGCCUGUGUAGCAUUAGUCAGAAAUAGGCAACUUGUUGUGGGAAAUGCUGGUGACUCCCGCUGUGUCAUCUCAAGGAAUGGCCAGGCAUACAAUUUGUCUAGAGACCAUAAACCAGAGCUGGAGGCAGAGAGAGAAAGGAUACAAAGUGCAGGGGGUUACAUUCAAAUGGGGCGUGUAAAUGGAACUUUAAAUUUGUCAAGAGCUAUUGGAGACAUGGAGUUUAAACAAAACAAGUUCUUGUCCCCUGAUAAGCAAAUUUUGACCGCGAACCCCGACAUAAACAUUAUUGAGUUAUGUGAUGACGACGAAUUCAUGGUUUUGGCAUGUGAUGGCAUUUGGGACUGCAUGUCAAGCCAACAGUUGGUUGAUUUCAUCCGUGAGCAUAUAAACACAGAGGAAAGCCUUUCUGCAGUAUGUGAACGAGUGCUUGAUAGAUGCCUGGCUCCAUCAACCAUGGGCGGCGAGGGAUGUGAUAACAUGACCAUGAUCCUGGUGCAGUUCAAGAAGCUGACUGCUCAGCACAAGGACGCCAGUGGUGCACAACAACCAGCUGGAGACGCGGGAUGCUCCGAGACCCAUGGGGCCGAGGAGAACGGAUCUGGUAAGCAGGUAUAGCAAAGACGUGGCUGUUGGAGUCUUGGUACAUGGCCUGACGCUGGACUUGGGUAAAAACAGGAGUAUGAUGACGAUAUUGCGAUGUACAUACAACCGAGUGCUGAAUUGGCGUAAAGGAUUAUUCUUUGUUCCAUUGUUGUCUGUAACCCAAUCUGCUGGUUUCUUCCGGUUGUGAUUUUUUGCCAUCUGACAACACCUAAUUGUACAUUUGGGGUGCAAAUGAUGUUACAAUAGUUCUUGUGAUCAAGCGGAUCCUGUGCUCUGCCCUUUUGA